AGGCUGCGCCUGCGCCGUGAGCUCGGGCGCUUGCGGACCGGGUGCUGGGAGCCGGCAAGUAGUGCUGUGGCGCGCGCGACGAUGGCGGCGGCGGCGGCCCGGGCAAGUAGUGGCUGCGGCGGCGGCGGCGGCGGCGGCCCGGGCUCCAGCUCCGGCUCCAGCGCGUCGCGGGGUUUCUAUUUCAACACAGUCCUUUCUCUGGCUCGUUCCCUGGCUGUUCAGAGACCAGCAUCCUUGGAGAAGGUUCAAAAGCUGCUUUGCAUGUGCCCAGUAGAUUUCCAUGGAAUCUUCCAACUAGAUGAAAGACGGAGAGAUGCUGUGAUUGCCUUGGGCAUUUUUCUCAUCGAAUCUGAUCUUCAGCACAAAGACUGUGUGGUUCCUUACCUUCUUCGACUUCUCAAAGGUCUUCCAAAAGUGUAUUGGGUUGAAGAAAGCACGGCUCGGAAAGGCAGAGGUGCCCUCCCUAUUGCAGAGAGCUUCAGCUUCUGCCUGGUAACUUUGCUGUCUGAUGUGGCUUAUAGGGACCCCUCACUUAGGGAUGAAAUUUUAGAGGCACUUUUGCAGGUUUUGCAUGUCCUUUUGGGAAUGUGCCAGGCCUUAGAGAUUCAAGAAAAAGAAUACCUUUGCAAGUACGCAAUCCCAUGCCUGAUAGGAAUCUCUCGAGCAUUUGGGCGUUACAGCAACACAGAAGAGUCUCUUCUCUCUAAGCUCUUUCCCAAAGUCCUUCCUCAUUCCCUUCGAGUUCCAGAAGAACUAGAAGGUGUCCGAAGGCGUUCCUUCAAUGACUUCCGCUCCAUCCUUCCAAGCAAUCUGCUGACUGUCUGUCAGGAGGGCACCCUGAAGAGAAAAACCAGCAGUGUGUCCAGCAUCUCUCAGGUCAGCCCGGAACGUGGCAUGCCACCUCCUAGCUCCCCUGGAGGAUCCACUUUUCACUACUUUGAAGCCUCCUCUUGUCUGCCUGAUGGGACCACCCUGGAGCCAGAGUACUAUUUCUCCACCAUCAGCUCCAGCUUCUCAGUCUCUCCCCUGUUCAAUGGCAUCACCUACAAAGAGUUCAGUAUUCCACUAGAAAUGCUUCGGGAGCUCUUAAAUUUGGUGAAGAAGAUUGUUGAGGAGCCUGUUCUCAAAUCCUUGGAUGCAGUUGUAGCCAGCGUGAUAGAGGCCAACCCCAGUGCUGAUCUCUAUUAUACAGCCUUCAGUGACCCACUCUACCUGACCAUGUUCAAGAUGCUACGUGACACUCUGUACUACAUGAGAGACCUCCCCACCUCCUUUGUAAAGGAGAUCCAUGAUUUUGUACUGGAGCAGUUCAACACCAGCCAAGGGGAACUCCAGAAGAUUCUGCACGAUGCGGACCGGAUCCACAAUGAGCUGAGCCCCCUCAAACUGCGCUGCCAGGCGAAUGCUGCCUGUGUGGACCUCAUGGUGUGGGCCGUGAAGGACGAGCAGGGUGCAGAAAAUCUUUGCAUCAAGCUAUCUGAAAAGCUGCAGUCUAAGACAUCCAGCAAAAUCAUCAUUGCCCAUUUGCCCUUGCUUAUCUGUUGCCUGCAGGGUUUGGGCCGUCUGUGUGAGAGGUUCCCAGUGGUGGUGCACUCAGUGACGCCAUCCUUGCGAGACUUCCUGGUCAUCCCAUCCCCGGUGCUGGUGAAGCUCUAUAAGUACCACAGUCAGUAUCACACAGUUGCUGGCAAUGAUAUAAAAAUCAGUGUCACCAAUGAGCAUUCUGAGGCAACCCUGAAUGUCAUGUCGGGCAAGAAGAGCCAGCCCUCCAUGUAUGAGCAGCUCCGGGACAUCGCCAUCGACAACAUCUGCAGGUGCCUGAAGGCUGGCUUAACAGUGGACCCGGUGAUUGUGGAGGCCUUCCUGGCCAGCCUCUCCAACCGGCUCUACAUCUCCCAGGAGAGUGACAAAGAUGCUCACUUGAUUCCUGACCACACCAUUCGAGCCUUGGGACACAUUGCAGUGGCCCUAAGGGAUACUCCAAAGGUCAUGGAGCCAAUUCUGCAGAUCCUGCAGCAGAAAUUCUGCCAGCCCCCCUCACCCCUUGAUGUGCUCAUCAUCGACCAGCUGGGCUGCCUGGUUAUCACUGGAAAUCAAUACAUUUAUCAGGAAGUGUGGAAUCUCUUCCAGCAGAUCAGUGUGAAGGCCAGCUCGGUCGUGUAUUCGGCCACCAAAGAUUACAAGGACCAUGGCUAUAGGCAUUGCUCCCUGGCAGUGAUUAAUGCCCUGGCCAACAUCGCAGCCAACAUCCAGGAGGAGCACCUUGUGGACGAGCUGCUUAUGAAUCUGCUGGAGUUGUUUGUGCAGCUGGGGCUAGAAGGGAAGCGAGCCAGCGAGAGGGCAAGUGAGAAGGGGCCGGCAUUAAAGGCUUCUAGCAGCGCGGGGAAUUUGGGCGUGCUCAUUCCUGUAAUAGCUGUGCUCACCCGACGAUUGCCACCCAUCAAGGAAGCUAAGCCUCGGUUACAGAAGCUCUUCCGGGACUUCUGGCUCUACUCCGUACUUAUGGGAUUUGCUGUGGAGGGCUCAGGACUCUGGCCAGAAGAGUGGUACGAGGGGGUUUGUGAAAUAGCCACCAAGUCGCCCCUGCUCACCUUUCCCAGCAAAGAGCCGCUUCGGUCAGUCCUCCAGUACAACUCAGCCAUGAAAAACGACACAGUCACCCCCGCUGAACUGAGUGAGCUCCGAAGCACCAUCAUCAACCUGCUGGACCCUCCUCCUGAAGUGUCUGCCCUCAUCAACAAGCUGGACUUUGCCAUGUCUACCUAUCUCUUGUCUGUGUACCGGUUAGAAUACAUGAGGGUACUGCGUUCUACAGAUCCUGAUCGCUUCCAGGUAAUGUUCUGCUACUUUGAGGAUAAAGCUAUUCAGAAAGACAAAUCUGGGAUGAUGCAGUGUGUGAUUGCUGUGGCUGACAAAGUAUUUGAUGCCUUCCUGAACAUGAUGGCAGAUAAAGCUAAGACCAAGGAGAACGAAGAGGAGCUAGAGCGGCAUGCCCAGUUUCUGCUAGUGAACUUCAACCACAUUCAUAAGAGGAUAAGGAGGGUGGCUGACAAGUACCUGUCUGGUCUAGUGGAUAAGUUUCCUCACUUGCUCUGGAGUGGGACUGUGCUGAAAACCAUGCUGGACAUCCUGCAGACCCUGUCACUGUCGCUGAGUGCCGAUAUUCACAAGGACCAGCCUUACUAUGACAUCCCUGAUGCUCCCUAUCGGAUCACGGUUCCUGACACCUGUGAAGCUCGGGAGAGCAUCGUAAAGGACUUCGCUGCACGCUGUGGGAUGAUCCUGCAGGAGGCCAUGAAGUGGGCGCCCACAGUCACCAAGUCCCACCUCCAGGAAUAUCUGAACAAACAUCAGAACUGGGUGUCAGGAUUGUCCCAGCACACAGGGCUGGCCAUGGCCACUGAGAGCAUCCUUCACUUUGCUGGCUACAACAAGCAGAACACGACUCUUGGGGCAACUCAGCUAACCGAGCGCCCGGCCUGUGUGAAGAAAGAUUACUCCAACUUCAUGGCGUCCUUGAAUUUGCGCAACCGCUAUGCAGGCGAGGUGUAUGGAAUGAUUCGGUUCUCAGGAGCCACAGGUCAGAUGUCUGACCUGAACAAAAUGAUGGUUCAGGAUCUGAUUACAGCUUUGGACCACAGUAAUCCCCAGCACUACACUCAGGCCAUGUUCAAGCUGACUGCAAUGCUCAUUAGCAGCAAAGAUUGUGACCCGCAGCUCCUCCAUCAUCUGUGUUGGGGUCCCCUCCGGAUGUUCAAUGAGCAUGGCAUGGAGACUGCCCUGGCCUGCUGGGAGUGGCUUCUGGCUGGCAAGAAUGGAGUGGAAGUGCCGUUUAUGCGAGAGAUGGCAGGGGCCUGGCAUAUGACAGUGGAGCAGAAGUUUGGACUAUUUUCUGCUGAGACAAAGGAAGCAGACCCCCUGGCAGCAUCGGAAGCAAGUCAACCUAGACCCUGUCCCCCUGAAGUGACUCCUCACUACAUCUGGAUCGAUUUCCUGGUGCAGCGGUUUGAGAUCGCCAAGUACUGCAGCUCCGACCAGGUGGAGAUCUUCUCCAGCUUGCUGCAACGCUCCAUGUCCCUGAACAUAGGCGGAGCCAAGGGGAGCAUGAACCGGCAUGUGGCAGCCAUUGGACCCCGCUUCAAACUGCUGACCCUGGGGCUGUCCCUCCUACAUGCUGAUGUGGUUCCAAAUGCAACAAUUCGCAACGUGCUUCGUGAGAAGAUCUACUCAACCGCCUUCGACUACUUCAGUUGUCCCCCAAAGUUCCCUACUCAAGGAGAAAAGAGGUUGCGUGAAGAUAUAAGCAUAAUGAUUAAAUUUUGGACUGCCAUGUUCUCUGAUAAGAAGUACCUGACUGCCAGCCAACUGGUUCCCCCAGAUAACCAAGAUACUCGGAGUAACCUAGAUAUAACCGUGGGCUCUCGGCAACAGGCUACACAAGGCUGGAUCAACACUUACCCCCUGUCCAGUGGCAUGUCGACCAUCUCUAAGAAGUCAGGCAUGUCUAAGAAAACCAACCGAGGCUCCCAGCUGCACAAAUACUACAUGAAGCGCAGAACACUGCUUCUAUCUCUGCUGGCCACUGAGAUUGAGCGUCUCAUCACUUGGUACAACCCACUAUCGGCCCCUGAGCUGGAGCUGGACCAGGCUGGAGAGAACAGCGUAGCCAACUGGAGGUCCAAGUACAUCAGCCUGAGCGAGAAGCAGUGGAAGGACAACGUGAAUCUUGCCUGGAGCAUCUCUCCUUACCUGGCCGUGCAGCUGCCAGCCAGGUUCAAGAAUACAGAAGCCAUCGGGAAUGAAGUGACCCGUCUUGUUCGGUUGGACCCAGGAGCCGUUAGUGACGUCCCUGAAGCUAUCAAGUUCCUCGUCACCUGGCACACCAUUGAUGCUGAUGCACCAGAGCUCAGCCACGUGCUAUGCUGGGCACCCACGGACCCACCCACAGGACUCUCCUACUUCUCCAGCAUGUACCCACCACACCCUCUUACAGCACAAUAUGGUGUGAAAGUCCUGCGGUCCUUCCCUCCGGAUGCCAUUCUGUUCUACAUCCCCCAGAUUGUGCAAGCCCUCAGGUAUGACAAGAUGGGCUAUGUACGUGAGUAUAUUCUGUGGGCAGCAUCCAAAUCCCAGCUUCUGGCACAUCAGUUUAUCUGGAACAUGAAAACUAACAUCUACCUAGAUGAAGAAGGACACCAGAAAGACCCUGACAUUGGUGACCUCCUGGAGCAGUUAGUAGAAGAGAUCACAGGCUCUCUGUCAGGCCCAGCCAAAGAUUUCUACCAGCGGGAAUUUGACUUCUUUAAUAAGAUCACCAACGUGUCGGCCAUCAUCAAGCCCUACCCUAAAGGCGAUGAGAGAAAGAAGGCUUGUCUGUCGGCUCUGUCUGAAGUGAAGGUGCAGCCAGGCUGCUACCUGCCCAGUAACCCUGAAGCCAUCGUGCUGGACAUCGACUACAAGUCAGGGACACCCAUGCAGAGUGCUGCAAAAGCCCCAUAUUUGGCUAAAUUUAAGGUGAAACGAUGUGGAGUGAGUGAACUUGAAAAAGAAGGUCUGCGGUGCCGCUCAGACUCUGAGGAUGAGUGCAGCAGGCAGGAGGCAGAUGGCCAGAAGAUCUGCUGGCAGGCAGCCAUCUUCAAAGUUGGGGAUGACUGCCGGCAGGACAUGCUGGCCCUGCAGAUCAUCGACCUCUUUAAGAACAUCUUCCAGCUGGUUGGCCUGGACCUCUUCGUUUUUCCCUACCGGGUGGUAGCCACUGCCCCAGGGUGUGGGGUGAUUGAGUGCAUCCCCGAUUGCACCUCCCGAGACCAGCUUGGCCGCCAGACAGACUUCGGCAUGUAUGACUACUUCACACGCCAGUAUGGGGACGAGGCCACCCUGGCCUUCCAGCAGGCACGCUACAACUUCAUCCGAAGCAUGGCCGCAUACAGCCUCCUGCUGUUCCUGCUGCAGAUCAAGGACAGGCACAAUGGCAACAUCAUGCUUGACAAGAAGGGGCACAUCAUUCAUAUCGACUUUGGCUUCAUGUUUGAAAGCUCACCAGGUGGCAACCUUGGCUGGGAACCAGACAUCAAGCUGACAGAUGAGAUGGUGAUGAUCAUGGGGGGCAAAAUGGAGGCCACACCUUUCAAGUGGUUCAUGGAGAUGUGCGUCCGAGGCUACCUGGCUGUGCGGCCCUAUAUGGAUGCAGUCGUCUCUCUGGUCACUCUCAUGUUGGACACGGGCCUGCCUUGUUUCCGAGGCCAGACAAUCAAGUUGUUGAAGCACAGGUUUAGCCCCAAUAUGACUGAGCGAGAGGCUGCAAAUUUCAUCAUGAAGGUCAUCCAGAGCUGCUUCCUCAGCAAUAGGAGCCGGACCUAUGACAUGAUCCAGUACUAUCAAAAUGACAUCCCCUACUAAGGAAGGGCCUUCUGAACCCCAGCACCUCCACCUUGUGUAGUCCCUCUUGAAAACUGCUACACAAUCAUGGAGCCCAUGAGCACCACAUCCCCAGCUGUCCCCAAGAAGCUCCACCCUGUGGUCCAAGUGGGUGAGCUGCUGUGGCCCUGCCAUCUCACCCAACAGAGUUGUUUUAUAGUAAAAAAGGACUGCAGCCCUCAAGCCUGGCAGCUGCUCCUUCCUUAGGCACGGCUCAGGCUCACGUGUGGCCAUGCUCCGGUGAUGCCACAGAGCCUGAGGUGACAAUCAUGUGAUGGUGCUGCCUAUGCACAGGUGUGAAUCCUCUGUUUGCACUGGACACAUUCCCUGUUUGUUACAUAGGUACAUGAAGUAUUAAAAAAACCAAAAAUUAUAUGCAACUUAAGUUUUAAUCCAUGUGUAUAAAAUAAAAACCCUAAAA